AUUGAAAGCGAUGUUCGACUGUUUUGGACUGCAAACAAGAUGGCCGCGGACUGUCAACCGUAAUAGUUCUAACACUCUUGUUAUUUUCCGAUGUUAUAAGGUGAUAUUUGAAGUUUCCUGGCAGAAAUGGGGCUAUCACAGAGUUCAGAAGUAACCGAAGGGGGGACGUAUGGAUAUCACGUGCACGGAGUGCAGCCGAAUUCCCCGGCUCAAAUUGCUGGACUGCAGCCCUUCUUUGACUUCAUUCUGUCGCUGGACAACAAAAGACUUAAUGAAGAAAGUGACCUGCUGAAGGACGUUCUGAAAGCCAACAUGGAUAGAGCGGUGAUGAUGCAGGUGUACAGCACUAAAACCACGAGGCUCCGUGAGCUGGAGGUGAUGCCCAGUAGCCUGUGGGGAGGACAGGGCCUGCUAGGGGCCAGUGUUCGCUUCUGCAGCUACUAUGGAGCCAAUGAGAAUGUCUGGCACGUUCUGGACGUGGAAGCAAGGUCCCCUGCUGCCUUAGCAGAGCUUCAGUCACACAGUGACUACAUCGUCGGAGCAGAUCAAGUGUUGCAAGAUUCGGAAGACUUCUUUUCGCUGAUUGAGGCCCAUGAAGGGAAGCCCCUGAAGCUGCUGGUGUACAACACAGAAACCGAUGCCUGCAGAGAGGUGGUGGUCACACCAAACGGGGCGUGGGGUGGAGAGGGCAGUUUGGGCUGUGGCAUUGGUUAUGGCUACUUGCACCGAAUCCCAGCACUACCUGAUGUUUCCACGAGAAAGCAUCACACACCUGCUCCUGAGGAGGAGCCCUUUCCAGAGCCUCCUGCCCACGGCUUCACACAGGCACCAUUGAUGGCACCUUCCAGUCAAAGUGUGGAUGUGUUAGACCAUGAGCAUGUCACCCUCCAGGAAGCUCCUCUACCUCCCCCCAUUCAGAGAGUCAUGGACCCCGGUUUCUCAAGGUCAAAAGUGGCAGCGACAAACCCUGAAUCCGCAAAUCUGACGGACAGAUUGGAUCUGUCCAUGUCGUCCAUCGACAUGACCAACACUUUUCUGACUAUGCAUGAGGAGAAGGAAGGAGAUAUCUCUGGUGUUGAGGAGCUGGAGGACAGCGUGCUGCUUUCGUCGUCAGUGGACAGUCAGACUGAGCCACAAGAGUUGAGCUCCCAGACUGCCGAGGAGCACGCUUCCACGGACACUUUGUCUGAUUCGGGCGUGCCGCCAGCUGAACUGUCUCACCUGAUCACAGAAUCCACAGACCCACCCGGCCCUCAGUGUGACCCUAGCGACAGCCAAAGUCCGCCCACGCGUGACUCAUCCCGACCCCCAGAGCCUCCUGCUGCCGAGGCCCCUGGCCUUUCUGUCGAGAACGCCACAUGGCCGGCGGAGGAGCCUGCAGAGCCUCUGGAUGUCGCCCACCACUGCAGCCACGAGGAGGAGCCACCUGUCGAGUGAGCUCGCAUCAGGCCGUGCAGAGGUGUAGAGUGAACUUGACAAUCACUGUUUUUUUUAAAGGAACACCGUACGAUAUACUGGACAAAAGGAGGUAAAGGCUCUCUGAUUUUAUCCUUUUCACGAUAGGCGUACCGGUUUGUUACACUACAGAAACCAUCUACAGCAUUAGCAUAUUAACUGGUAAACAGUUAGGCACUGUAGGAAUAUUUCUUUUAAUGUCAGUUUAACUGCUUAUUUACUCACCAAGAUGGUUCUAAUGUCAAAACAUUUUUUUCAUGCUUGGUGCCAAAUUAGAUCACACUGGUUACAAGACCUUUUUUAGUGUGAUGAAUACUUGAACGCUUCCAAAGACAAACAUUUGGUACAGCGGAGCACAGCUGCACCUCGACAAGGUAACACUAUCCAAGCAGGCUGUCAGUCCAGAUCAGCUGGUCUUGAUGAUCCCCUUUAUUAGAGCUUUUAAAAAUAUCUUUGUAGUCUAUGGCCUCUGUAUUGGAUUUAUAAGUAUUGGUCUAAGGGCGAUAGUUGUCCACUUGUACCGCCUGCAGGCAGUGCACGUUUUUAAUUAUAGAAUUAAUGAGCCCACAUUCCUUUUACGUUUUUUGAUUUGAUUUAUUCAGCCAAUCAGUAUGUGACGUUUGAAAAAUAAUUUUACAGUUUAUCAUAAUUAUGUCACAUUCAACACUAUUUAGACUUAGUUUAAUUUUGCAACCUAUGCAACAUUACAGCAGUGAGCUGGCAAGUGAUGUGUGAACUCGGACGACAUCUGUCAUCUAUUGUGUCACAAGUCUCUUAACCGCAACACUGCUGUAGAUUGUUUCCUUUGUCCUACUAGGGGACUUCCAUGUCUAAGUAGGUGCUUGUGUAUAAAAUAAUGGAAAAUAUAUUUUGCAUAUAUUUUACCAAUUGUAUGUUUUAUUAGGAAUGAGUGUAGUUUUUUGAUGAAUGUGAAAUGGGUGAAUUGUUGGUGGUAAACAAUCAUAUCAAUCAACUAAAAAAAGAAAAAAAGAAA